GAACUACGUGGACAUUAAGUUCCAUUCUCUUUUUCGACAGCACGAAACCUUGCAUUCAAACCCGCCCGGGGAAGAUCCGAUCUUGCUGCUGUUCGCAGUCCCAGUAGCGUCCUGUCGGCCGCGCCGUCUCUGUUGGUGGGCAGCCGCUACACCUGUUAUCUGACUGCCGUGCGCGAAAAUGACGCCAUUUUUGGGAAAAUCGGGGAACUUCAUUCUUUAAAAGUAUGCGGAGGUUUCCUUUUUCUUCUGUUCGUUUCUUUUUCUCGGGUUUGAUAACCGUGUUCGAUGUAAGCACUUUCCGUCUCUCCUCCGUGCUUUGUUCGACAUCGAGACCAGGUGUGCAGAUCCUUCGCUUGUUGAUCCGGAGACGCGUGUCUCGUAGAACCUUUUCAUUUUACCACACGGCAGUGCUGAGCACUGCUCUGAGUGCAGCAGGGACGGGUGAAGUUUCGCUUUAGUAGUGCGUUUCUGCUCUACGGGGCGUUGUCGUGUCUGGGAAGAUGCAGAAACCGGUGUGUCUGGUCGUCGCGAUGACCCCCAAGAGGGGCAUCGGCAUCAACAACGGCCUCCCGUGGCCCCACUUGACCACAGAUUUCAAACACUUUUCUCGUGUGACAAAAACGACGCCCGAAGAAGCCAGUCGCCUGAACGGGUGGCUUCCCAGGAAAUUUGCAAAGACGGGCGACUCUGGACUUCCCUCUCCAUCAGUCGGCAAGAGAUUCAACGCCGUUGUCAUGGGACGGAAAACCUGGGAAAGCAUGCCUCGAAAGUUUAGACCCCUCGUGGACAGAUUGAACAUCGUCGUUUCCUCUUCCCUCAAAGAAGAAGACAUUGCGGCGGAGAAGCCUCAAGCUGAAGGCCAGCAGCGCGUCCGAGUCUGUGCUUCACUCCCAGCAGCUCUCAGCCUUCUGGAGGAAGAGUACAAGGAUUCUGUCGACCAGAUUUUUGUCGUGGGAGGAGCGGGAUUGUACGAGGCAGCGCUGUCUCUGGGCGUUGCCUCUCACCUGUACAUCACGCGUGUAGCCCGCGAGUUUCCGUGCGACGUUUUCUUCCCUGCGUUCCCCGGAGAUGACAUUCUUUCAAACAAAUCAACUGCUGCGCAGGCUGCAGCUCCUGCCGAGUCUGUGUUCGUUCCCUUUUGUCCGGAGCUCGGAAGAGAGAAGGACAAUGAAGCGACGUAUCGACCCAUCUUCAUUUCCAAGACCUUCUCAGACAACGGGGUACCCUACGACUUUGUGGUUCUCGAGAAGAGAAGGAAGACUGACGACGCAGCCACUGCGGAACCGAGCAACGCAAUGAGCUCCUUGACGUCCACGAGGGAGACAACUCCCGUGCACGGGUUGCAGGCUCCUUCUUCGGCCGCAGCCAUUGCCCCGGUGUUGGCGUGGAUGGACGAAGAAGACCGGAAAAAACGCGAGCAAAAGGAACUGAUUCGGGCCGUUCCGCAUGUUCACUUUAGAGGCCAUGAAGAAUUCCAGUACCUUGAUCUCAUUGCCGACAUUAUUAACAAUGGAAGGACAAUGGAUGACCGAACGGGCGUUGGUGUCAUCUCCAAAUUCGGCUGCACUAUGCGCUACUCGCUGGAUCAGGCCUUUCCACUUCUCACCACAAAGCGUGUGUUCUGGAAAGGGGUCCUCGAGGAGUUGCUGUGGUUCAUUCGCGGCGACACGAACGCAAACCAUCUUUCUGAGAAGGGCGUGAAGAUCUGGGACAAGAAUGUGACACGCGAGUUCCUCGAUUCGCGCAAUCUCCCCCACCGAGAGGUCGGAGACAUCGGCCCGGGCUACGGCUUCCAGUGGAGACACUUCGGCGCGGCAUACAAAGACAUGCACACAGACUACACAGGUCAGGGCGUCGACCAGCUGAAGAAUGUGAUCCAGAUGCUGAGAACGAAUCCAACAGAUCGUCGCAUGCUCAUGACUGCCUGGAAUCCUGCAGCGCUGGACGAAAUGGCGCUGCCGCCUUGUCACUUGUUGUGCCAGUUCUACGUGAACGACCAGAAGGAGCUGUCCUGCAUCAUGUAUCAGCGGUCGUGCGAUGUCGGCCUCGGCGUCCCCUUCAACAUCGCUUCCUAUUCGCUUUUGACGCUCAUGGUUGCACACGUCUGCAACCUAAAACCUAAGGAGUUCAUUCACUUCAUGGGGAACACGCAUGUCUACACGAACCAUGUCGAGGCUUUAAAAGAGCAGCUGCGGAGAGAACCGAGACCGUUCCCCAUUGUGAACAUCCUCAACAAGGAACGCAUCAAGGAAAUCGACGAUUUCACCGCCGAGGAUUUUGAGGUCGUGGGCUACGUCCCGCACGGACGAAUCCAGAUGGAGAUGGCUGUCUAGCGGAAAUACAGAAGCUGCCCGUCUCUCGUUUUCCUCUCCUUUCGGAGGGAUCAGGGAGAGUGCCUCGGGUCGGAGAGAGCUGACGAGGGGGUGCCAGAGACCCCUGUGUCCUUUAUCGAAGAAAAGGGAUGACUCUUCAUGUGGCAUUUCACACAGUCUCACCUCGCCUUGUUUUCUUUUUGUCAAUCAGAACGAAAGCGAGUUGCGGGUGACGCAGAUGUGCGUGUAUCCACUCGUGAAUACGUUAUCGUUCUGUAUGCCGCUAGAGUGCUGGACUGUUGCUCUCUGCCCACGACAGCAGACAACUUUCCUUCUAUGCACUUGCAGGAUGGUGCAGUGCAAACGACGGAGAGAAAGGAGCACCCUCUCAGUUUCCCUACGAUGUGCUGUCAGUUUCGACUCUUCACCGCGAACGAUUGGCGAUACGUCUCUGUUGACUUGUUACGCUCCGACCACGAAGCUCCCUUAACUAAAUAAGCCGCG